AUGGCGAUGACACCGCGGGACAUGGAGCUGCGGCUGGUGAACGGCAUGGUGCUGAAGGUGCAGCUGGCGGAGAUGGCGGGCGGCGUGGGGGAGCGCGUGGCGGCUAUGGAGGCGAAGCUGAGGGAGCAGGGCGACGCCAUGGCUGCCAUGCAGCGCGACUUGGCCGAAACGCGCCGAGCCAUGGCCCUCUUCAAGGGGAUGGUGGCGACGGGCGCUUUGGGGGAGGGGGCGGGAAAAGGGAGUGAGUCAGAGGAGGCAGCGGAGGGCAUUGGCGCGCCGCGGACCAACGCUUUUGCUGCGCUGGAAUUGGAGGAGGUGAAGGCGCAGGCUGCGGCGGAGCGGCAGGCGGCGGAGGUGGCGUACGUGAAGGCGACGGCGGCGCACUCGGAGGCGCGCAUCAACGACGUCGAGCUGGCGCUCGCCGCAAUCAAGGAGGGGCAGGCGAAGAAGAUCCGCGCCGAGCGCGAGGCGGGCAGCGCGGGGGAGUAUGCAGAUGCGGAGAGGCGCGAAGGGAAGAAGCGGAAGAGGAACGAGGCGUGUAAGCAGGAGGAAAUGGAAGAUGCUCCUGCAGGGGCUGGGCUUGGGCCUUUCGCCGUUGGCGGUGCGCUUGGAGGAAAUCGUGUUGAGGCGAACAGAAAGGGCAAAGCAAAGGAGGAAGAUAACGAGCUGCAGGGGCUGAGGGCGCGAGUGGAAGCACUGGAGAAAACGAGCGACGGAGGAAGCAAGAUAUGGGAGGUGAGUGCAAACGGGCGGAUGGUGUGGAUGCAAGACGGCGUGGCACUGGCAUGUGGAUUCUAG